GUCACCAGUAGCUUCAUUUCCAAAUAAUAUUUCGACAGCAGAUUUCUUCCACAGGCUACGGAUCAAAACUGUAAACAAACAAAAAAACACACAACAAUCGAUUCAUUUGGAAAAUCGCAUGCAAACGAUGGCAUUGUUUGGUUCGAUCACUCGUUCGAUGUUCACAACAAUAACAAUUCAAAUGCGUUACCCUUUUUCCCUUUUGAUUUUAGUUGCUGGCUGUUCAAUCUGAAUUUAGUCGAACGAAGCAAAGUUUCAUAUUUCAUGACAUGGUGAAAUUGUGAACGGCGGUUUGUUUACAAUAACAAACUUCAAAUUGAACCAACACUUAUAGCGGGAAUAUGCACGACAUUAGUUUUGCCUGCCAUCUCUGGACAAUUUAAAACGUAAUCGUUGAAAUUUAGAAGAAAUGAAUUUGAAAAUAUACUCUUACUAUUCAGUUCAUUCUCGUUGGAUCAAUACAUGAACAAAAAUAUGAACAAUUUAAAUCAUAGAAUUUUAUUGCAUACGCUAAUGCUAUUUUUGCUUCGGGAAGUGUGAAUAUCGAUUGCUCCAUUCGGUGAACACUAUUAAUUGACACAGAAUUCUUUUCUCUUUGAUUAAAAAUCUAUCAUUUCUCUCGUUCCGAAUAUUCAUACAGUUGGUUUACACUGAAAUUUCAGUCGAUUUUGACGGAAAAAAGCCAAAAAACUCUACAUAUUUUAACGUUAAAAAUGACUAAAUUGCGUUACAUGAAUGUUUCUUGACAUUGAACCAUCAACUUGACCAUUUAUUUUAGACGGGCGAAUAUCGAGUGAUUCGUCAGUUACAGUAUUUGGCAUGGCCUGAUCAUGGAGUUCCGUCCGAUCGAACACUGUUCAUGAAUUUUGUUGACAAAAUGCGUGAAAUGCGACAGGAAAAUGUCGAGAGUAUUGAUCAUCGUUUCAAACAACUUCAAAUAUUGGAUGCUGAUGCAAGUGAUAUUAGUCCUGAGGAGAUUUGCAAACGGAGCGGGAAAAUCGAUGACGAAGCCGAUGAUGAGUGGAUACCGACAAGUGUUCAUCAAUACAUCAGCGCUGCAAAUCCUCCCAUUAUUGUACAUUGUUCUGCUGGCAUUGGCCGAACAGGCAUGCUAAUUUUAAUGGACACUGCCAUAUCCUUACUGAACGUUAACGAGCCAGUGUAUCCGUUGGAUAUUGUGAAAAAUAUGCGUGAUCAACGACCUUGCAUGGUUCAGAAUGUGUUUCAGUACAAGUUCAUAUGUGAGUGUAUAUUCGCGAGCUAUGCCAAAUUGACAAAUACAGAUGUUGCGGACUGAGACUUGUAUAAAAACGAAACAGAGUCGAAGUUCCGAUGAAUUAAGAGAGAGAGAGAGAGAGAGAGAGAGAGAGAGAGAUCAAGAAAACUGCCUUGAUUUUACGUAUACGAAAAAAAGGUUUCCUGUGAACAUGCCUUCCAUUUGAUACAACACACACUCAAGCCGUUCCCUUCACAAGCUGUUCAAUUCGUAUGCCAUGGAACAUCUAGUAAAACAUGAUUUAUUUUCUGUGGAAAUUCUAGUCCAAUUUGAUAUUAAAAAAAAAACAAGAAAAAUAUUAUAAGGUUCAUCGCACUUUUUACUUAAGGGCACUAAUCAAUCAACUAAAUAUUACAUGCAUUGGAUACGUUAAUGAGCAAAAGAAUGGUUAUUUUAAGGUAUUUAGACUUUUUCGAAUUCAAUUUACACCAACUAGAAUCGAGUAGACAAUUUUUAUUUCGAUUUUGUGUGUUCGUGUUCAUUAUUGAACUUAGUAGUAUUGUAUCAAUCCAAUCGAAUCCAAUCCGAUCCAUGUCAUGUAUCGAUAUACCAGUGCACCUACACUACCGUGCAAAAGUUUGGAACCACUAGGUAUUUUUCAUACAAAUUGACCAUUUUUGGUGGACUCAUUAACAUAUUUCGGAAACACCUGCACUCUUGAUAUUUUGUGCAUAGUUUCUACAACGUUUCAAUAGUAAAUCACAGAGGUUUCAUCAAAAAA